GGCGUGCGCGCUCCCGAUCGGCCGCCUGGCUCCUCCCCGGGAUCCCUUCACCGGUCCGCUCCCAGCCUCGUCAUGAUUUUCCUCCUCGCCCUGUUUGCCAGCAUCUUCCAGGCAGCUUACAGCGGGGUCAAUGAACGCACCUUCCUUGCCAUCAAGCCGGACGGGGUGCAGCGGCAUCUCGUGGGCGAGAUCGUCAGGCGCUUUGAGAGGAAAGGCUUCAAACUGGUGGCCAUGAAGCUCAUGCAGGCCUCGGAAGACUUAUUGAAAGAGCAUUACGUGGAACACCGAGAACGGCCUUUCUACAUGCGCCUCGUGAACUACAUGAGCUCUGGCCCCAUAGUGGCCAUGGUAUGGCAAGGGCUCGACGUGGUGAAAAUGGCUCGUGCGAUGAUCGGGGAAACCAACCCUGCGGAUGCCAAGCCCGGGACCAUCCGAGGAGAUUUCUGCCUCGACGUCGGCAAGAACGUGGUCCACGGCAGCGACUCAGUGGAGAGCGCCCAGCGUGAGAUUGCUCUCUGGUUCCGCAAAGAUGAAAUGCCUUGCUGGGAGGACAGCACGGAGCACUGGAUCUAUGAGUAGAAGGACAGUCCCUUCUGCUGUUUGCUCAGAAUCACUCCUCUGUCGCCUUCUCCUGAACUCUCCUGUUUUCAAGGAUUCUGGGUCUGAAAGAGUAGAUAGCCCACUGCAACAAACGUUUCACACACACACACACCCCACUCAUAGCUUUUGGGUGCAACGCUUGACAGAGAUCCUGCUGUCGGGGGUCCUGUCUUCUGCUGUAGAAUGCAUCUCAACGUGCUGCUUUAAAGGUGCCCCCCCUUUCAAGACCCUGAAGACCAGCCUUCUUGGCUCUUGCGAUGGCUUCCACCGUCCAAACAAGCCAGAAGCACCUCAGAGCUGCUACAUGGCGAAGGCAAACGAAGCACUGCUUUGGCGAGCCAGUGUGGUGUAGCAGGUUAAGGGCGGCAGAUUCUAAUCUCCCCCACGGGAAGCCUGCCGGGUGAUCUGGGGUCAGUCACAGUUCUCUGGGAACUCUCUCAGCCCCAUCUACCUCACCAGGUGCCUGUUGUGGGAAGAGGAAGGGGAAGCGGUUUUAAGCCGCUUUGAGACUGCUGGCAGGAGGGAGAGAGGCAGUGUAUAAAAACCAGCUCUUCUUCUUUAUUCCUCUUUGUGGGGAAAGGCUAAUAACUGGGUAAAUAUGGCCAGGAGGUGAUUCCCACCACUGCCCUACCAAAAUGGGACAAGCAGGAAGAGGGGCGCUUUCCUCCGUGUGUGCCUUCCUGACUUUUGGAGGGAAACCGUGUCUAGCAGCAGCAGGACAAGAGGAGCUGGGUCUUAUAAUGUGAGAAACGGGUGGUCCCAGCUGACAAAGCUCACAUGAGACUGACAAAGCUCAUCAGGUUUUGCCAUGGCUUUUGUGGGGAGGGCUGGGUCCAUGUUUCUGACCUUCCCCCCCAUCCUCUCCACGGCGUACAUGUUCCCAAGAAGGUCUGUUUACAUCUAUACAUAUGUACAGGAUUUACUUUGAAAGAAGUGGCUGUGAAAUGUGCUUUUGUAAAAUAAAUCUGUUGAA